AUGAAGUAUUCGCUCCUCCUCUCAGCUAUCUACGGGCUGUUGUUGAGCCCCAUGGCCACGUCUGCCCCAACAGCGAAGGCAGUGACCCUUCGCGUCAGGUCGGAGGACUUCCAUGCUCUUCGGGAGAGAGCAGGCAACGAAGCCACCGCGUUGUAUGCUUAUAUUGUCGCCGACACCGAGAUCGACGGCAAAGAGAAGCGCGAUGACGAGGCCACUGCGCUAUAUGCGUACAUUGCUGCCGACUCGGAGCUGGACAGAAAACGUGAUGACGAAGCCACUGCGCUAUAUGCGUAUAUUGCGGCCGACUCGGAACUUGACAGAAAGCGUGAUGACGAGGCUACUGCAUUGUAUGCAUACAUUGCAGCUGACAGCGAGUAA